AUGCCCCGGGGAACAAGGGCAAAGAGAAACCCAGUCGGCAUUAUUGCUCAUUGCAACUAUAACUAUAGCGCGUCUUUCAAGUUCCAAUUUUUAAGACCUCAAUCUUAA